AUGAAAGAUCGCCUACAGGAGCUGAAGCAGCGCUCAAAGGAAUUUGAACUCUCAAGGGUGAAUAGCUGCACAGCUUCAGCAGGGGCAGAAGAACAAAGGGAGUUUCCACAACAAGCUGUCAUUUACGAACGAGAACCUGUUGUUGAAAGGCACCUACAUGAAGUCCAAAGACUUCAGGAGAAUAUUAACACUUUGGCAGAGGAUGUUCAAAAAUUUGGUCAGGAGCAGAAGAGCUUGGUGGCUUCGAUGAGGAGAUUCAGUGUUCUCAAGAAAGAGUCCAGCAUUACCAGAGUGCUAAAAACAGAAGCAGAACAUAUUAAUAAGGGCUUGGAUGAUUUUUUGAAAGAAGUUAAGAAGUCAGAAGCGGAAAGUGGACCAUCAUCAGCCAUGACAAGGAUUCUUAGGUCUCAACAUGCUGCCAUGUUCCGACAAUUCCAGCGUAUAAUGUUUACGUACAACGACACCAUAGCAACGAAGCGAGAAAAAUGUAAGACGUUUAUUUUCCGUCAGCUUGAAGUUGCCGGAAAAGAAGUAACUGAAGAAGAGGUGAACGAUAUGCUGCAACAAGGGAAAUGGGAGGUUUUCAAUGAAAGUUUGCUCACAGAAGUUAGUAUCACUAAAGCUCAACUAUCCGAGAUUGAACAGAGGCACAAAGAACUUAUUAACUUGGAGAACCAGCUAAAAGACUUGAGAGAUAUUUUUCUUCAGAUCUCUCUUCUGGUGGAGGAGCAAGGAGAAAGUAUCAACAAUAUUGAAAUGAUGGUCAACAAUACCCAAGAGUACGUUUACAAGACGGAAGAGAAAUUCAGACUAGCAGUGAGGUACAAAAAGAGAAAUCCUUGUCGGGUGCUGUGUUGCUGGUGCUGCCCUUGCUGCAAAUAACUAACACCCAACUUCGUAAGACCUUAAGUCUACCCUGCAAACAUCGAAGAGCAGAAAUUCAACCUCCCCAGGCACUCAAUAUGGGACCUUCUCACCCAAUUUUAUCUCGGAUUUCAAUUAACCACGGCCAUCCCGGACCCCAUUACCAAAAGAGUGGUACUGGAAAACUACGUCAAAGCACUUUACUUCCAAAGUGGUACAGACAGGCAUUUGCAUUAUGAUUAUUAUCAUCUGGUCCUGAAGGAAAAUAAACAAGCCAUGGAAGUCUGA